GAGAAACAUCCUGUAAUAACACCAGGAUCCAUUGGAACCUCCAGCUGGAUCUGAUCUUAAUUAAUUGCAAUUCCCAGCUACUAAAAUCAUUUAUCAGGCCGAGCACACAAUGUGCAAUCUGAAGCUGCCUGCCUUUGUAUUGGUGCUAUCUGUGGUCAUACAAUGGGUCAGCGCUGCACCCAGUAACAGGUACUCUCCUGUGUACACUGAGCAGUCAGAUGCGUGGCCAGAGAGAGAGAGAUGGCUGUUGCCUGGCUUUUCAAAGAACUCUUUUCUCAGCUUCACUGGAGUAUUGCCAGAAGGGGACCCUCCCAAACGCAUCAGCCAUCGGAUGGAAAAGAGGAAGUGCAAUACUGCCACCUGCGUGACUCAGCGCCUGGCGGACUUCCUUAUCCGGUCCAGCAAUACUGUAGGCACGGUGUAUUCUCCUACCAAUGUGGGCUCCAACACGUACGGCAAGAGGGACAGUCAGGAGCCCCUGAAAUACUUACAGCUUUAGAGGAAAACACCCCCGUAACGGGGAAAGAAACUGAAAUUGUACUCUGCUGUAAAAAAACAGGACAGAUGAAAAAA